ACGGAUGCCACCUCAUUCGUUCGUGUAAUGAAUUCGGAAAAGCUAUUCGGAUGGAAUAACAUUACCCAAAUUUAAACUAACUCUCUUGCCAUAUAUAUAUAUAAAAUUAAUAGUAAAAUAGAAGAGAAUGGGUAUCUCCAAAAUUUCAGCAACCCAACAGUACUUGAAUAUCAACUCCAUCUCUUCCUUGCAAACCCUAACCACCGUCGUCAUUCAUGGCGUCGGAUCCCUCGACGACAUGGAUACCACCCUCCAACGCCUCCACCUCCCUGUCACUCCAUCUCUCUUCCUCCAAUUCCUCCAUUCCUUCAGGAAUCCCACCAUCACUUCCGCUAGAAGGCUUCUCCGAUUCUUCUCAUGGUGCCGUCGCCAGGAGAACGAUCGAUUUCCGGCGCCGGUGUUUGGAGACGAUGCUUUCAAUAUGGUGAUCCGUGCACUGGCUCAGAUGAAGGAUUUCACUGCCGUGAUGGCCGCUGUUGCUGAUCUUCAGAAGGAGGGCAGGAGGAUGGAUCCGCAGACCUUCGAGCUUGUUGUUAAGACCUUAGUCAGCUCCGGCAAGCCGGAGGAGGCUGUUCGGCUGUUCAGGAGAGUGGAGGAGAAGCGGGAGCUGCUGGUUCGCCGGAGCGCUGACGAUGGUGAAUGGUCUUGUGCCUCCGCUGUGAUCCAAGCUCUCUCCGCUAAAGGCCACGCUAGAAAGGCCGUCGGUGUUCUUUGGCAUCACAAGGACAAGCUUGUCGAUGCUGGCUCGAAUAUCAGUCGGAGUAUCCUUCAUGGGUGGUGCGUUCAUGGGAAUGUCGGCGAGGCUCGCCGUAUUCUUGAUCAGAUGAAAUCCGGAGGAAAUCCUCCAGGGCUCGCUUCAUAUAAUGACUUCCUCUACUGCGUGUGCAAGAGAAAUCUUAGGUUCAAUCCCUCUGCUCUCGUCCCGGAAGCCACCAAUCUCAUGGCGGAGAUGAGAGCCUCUGGCGUUGCUCCGACCACCGUAAGCUACAACAUCCUUAUCUCAUGCCUGAGCAAGACGAGGAGGGUCAAGGAGGCCUGUGGAAUUCUCCAGUCCUUGAUUCAAGGAAAGGGGAGCUGCUCCUGCUCUCCUGAUUGGGUCUCCUAUUAUCUUGUUAUCAAGCUUCUCUAUCUCACAGGGAGAUUUGGCAGAGGGAAUAAGCUUGUGGAGCAUAUGUUUGAGAUUGGGAUGGUACCUGGUGUGAAGUUCUACCAUGGUUUGAUUGGUGUUCUCUGUGGAAUGGACAAGAUGAAGUAUGCACUUGAGAUGUUUGAUAGAAUGAAGCAGUCCGGACUGGUGAGUAAUGGAGCUAUGUAUGAUUUGUUGAUUGAGAAGCUCUGUAGGAAUGGUGAAUUCGACAUGGGUCGGUGUCUAUGGGAUGAGGCUUUGGAGAGGGGCAUUGUUCUCCAAUCCUCCAGUGAUCUAUUGGACCCUCUGAAGACUGAGGUUUUCAAACCAGUGAGGCCGUUGAAGAAGCUUGAUGCAUCUGAGUACAAGAUGUUAAUGCUGAAGGCCAAAGGUGUUCGAAGAGCUAGAGUGAAGCUCAAGCCUAAUAAGUGCCAUUCCAGAAGCUGACAGCUUACAGAAUCUGGCUAGCACUCGAGCCCGCAAUCUCAAGAUAAAGAGCAUCAGAUUCCUGAUAUUAUCUGGACUAAAGUAAGGGCAUUAGAUUCGCUUGAUCUUUAGUCUGUAAGUUCUGCUGAGUCUAUAAAUUCAUAGGAGGAAACCCAAAUGAUAUCAAACACUUGAAACUCUCAAAACAGUUAGCAGCUUGCCAUAGACAAAGCCCUCCAGGAGAAGAAGAAAGGAACAGAACUACAAAAAUGGCUCCUGUGAACUUCCAGCAAAAAUACAAUCAAGGCAAGUAUCAGGAUGAUAAACCUGCAGAUGAUUACUGCACUUAUGUCACUAAGAUGGCAAGGAUGACUAGCAUAUGUGAUGGCCCUCAUUUUGGGAAUCUCUCCUCAGUGUUCAAGAAGCAAGAAGAACCAAAUCCAGUGGUGAAUAACCAACCAAUACCACAGCAGGCAACUGAUCAAAGGAAACCCCGUGGCAUCUUUGGCCAGCCACAUCACUUGGAAACUUUCAAGAACAGUGUCAUGUCUGCAAACACCAACAAAGUUUAGGAUGCUGGUACAUGUUUCUGGGUGAGUAUGCUGAAAACUUGGACCGGAGACAUCUAGUAUUGUCAUAAGCUUACUUUCAUGCGGCGGAUGAAAUAAAGGACUACUAUCUAUGUAAUACACUAUAUGGAUGUGUAUAUGUAGUUAUGGAUGCCUUGGCUGCAGGAGUGCCAUCUAUAAAUAAAUUUCACUCUUGCCUACUACAUUCAGCUGCCUGUGUGUUUGUUAUGCUCUCUUGUGUAAUAUUCCGCGCGCAUGAAUAUUUAUGAACUUUAAUUAUAAGAA